AUGUUUGGAGACAGCCUACAAAUGGAGAGUCAAACUGGAUCUUUGACCAUCAGGGACAUCAGAACCAGAGACUCUGGAAUUUAUCAACUAGACAUCAUAUACACCCCUUUCAAGCAAAUUACAGUGUUAUUCAAUGUCACUGCUUAUGAUGAAAUGAAGUCAGUUUCAGUGACUGCGGGAGAGUCUGUCACUCUACACACUGAUGUUCCCGUUAUACACCCACAUGAUAUACGUUAUAUACAGUGGAGCUUUGAUCCUAAAAAUACUCUUAUAGACAUUCAUUUUGAUGAGGGGACACCUAAGAUAAGAUAUUAUCAUGAUGAGAUAUUCAGAGACAGAUUACAGAUUGACAAUCAAACUGGAUCUCUGAUCAUCAGGAACAUCAGAACCACAGACUCUGGGUUGUAUGACCUACAGAUCAUCAGACUUGUAAAGUCAUUGGCAGUAUUAUUUAACAUUACUGUCUAUGCUCGUCUGCCCAUACCUGUUUUUAUCAGAGACUGUCCCUCUUCAUCAACAUCAGGAUCAUCAUCAAAUUGUUCAUUGCUGUGUUCAGCUGUGAAUGUGAGUCAUGUGACUCUUUCCUGGUACAAAGGAAACAGUUUAUUGUCCAGCAUCAGUGUGUCUGAUCUCAGCAUCAGUCUCUCUCUACCUCUGGAGGUGGAAUAUCAGGAUAAAAACACCUACAGCUGUGUGAUCAACAAUCCCAUCAGAAACCGGACCAAACAUCUCAACAUCACUCAACUCUGUCACACAUGUCCAGACUCUGUCCAGUGUUGUGGUUUCACUGAAGCUGUGAUUCGAUUGGUCAUCUCUGCUGUGGUGGGCGUGGCUGCUGUUGCCAUAGUGGUUUAUGACAUCAGAUCCAUAAGAGCUGAAAAGAAGCAGAGAACAUCAGAGUCAGUCUCUGAAAUAAUAAACUAUUGAUCUUGUUUGGAGUAAAAUUAGCUUGUAAGCCAGUGAUGCUCAAGUUGUUCUUUUGAGUUGGUUCUUCUCAACUGGAGAUCAUUUUAUAUGCCCAAAUGCUGUAAAGAAGCUGUAUCUGUUAGGACUCAGAUUUGAUAUCUCCUUUUGGUUUCUUUUCUCUUGUUUUGUU